ACCGUAACAAACACCGUAACACUGCAUAGAGAACACCUUCGACUUCUGCAAGAAGCGAAUGUCACACGCUCAUCUCGACUCGUCGGCCAUUUUGCCACAGAGUCUAGGUAUCUGGGGAAUACCAGCUGAUGUCUCGCCAAUUGCUUGCAAUAUUGCACAUAUGUAGACGUACGUGUAUACGUAUAAUCACACAAGGUGAGGCAGUGAGUCACAGUGGUUUUGGAAGCGUAAUUAAUGGCCAGCGUUGACACUGUCUCGUCGAAGUUUGCAGCACAUGCGACCCACUGCAUACAUAUAUAAAUGCAUUAAUCUUGCGACAGAAGCACUCAUCUAUAUAGGUAUAUUACAAUGGAUACUCUCCAGGGUCGCUUUCUACACGAUUCAAUGUUAUGCCUAAGCUGUGGUGAAAGCAGAGAAACGAUUGGCAAGCGGUUAAAUUUAUCAGAGUACAAAAUUGAGGGAAACAUUUCGCGUCUGGACUGCACAAUCUGUGGCAAGUUUGUCGCGAUGAACAUCGGGGGUGAUGUAAUUAAUCUCGACGGAGUUAUUGACGGUGAUCGCGAUGAUACUUGGUUGGAGGCUAAAACAGGAAAGGAAAAAAUCAUCUACUACGCAUUGUGUCAGAUUAUCUAUUUAGAGCGUGAUUCACCAAGAGAAGAAAAAUAUGAAUCGGUCUUUGCUUUUGCCGACGAAUCUGACUUAGUUAUGCUUAGAUGGAAAAACGGUCGACCAAUCGGAUUUUUCACACUCAAGCAAAAAGGCACUAAAAUAUUUCCUGAAAGUGAAGUGGAAUAUGCGAUGCCAAUGCUAGAUACAGCCUACAUACGUUCAGAAUAUAGAGGUAAUGGAAUCGGCACUGAAAUUAUAACGAAAAUAACGGGGAUGUUUCCAGACGAAGACAUUGGCUUUUCACGUCCGAUAUCGGAUGGAAUGUCGAAAGGUUUUAUUUAUUCAUUUAUUUGUAUAAAUCGAUUAAUCAUUCACUUCAAAUAUGUUAUAACUUUUAUUUUAAUUUUUUUCAUUCUCUUUUUUCUUCCGUCCUCGCACUGCAGUCUUGGCGAGAUUUUUGACCAAACGCAAAGAAUAUCGUUUGAAAUUUUGGGAAAUCAUAGACGGCGGUAACGAGGGAAACAAAAAAUUGGUAUGGUUUGGAUUGCAAAAUAAAAAAAAAGGUUAAUUAUAUUAAUUUUA